CCUUUAAAUGGCGUGUACUGGUGCUGAGGAGAGGGCGGACCUGGGUGGCGCGCGCGUGUGCGCCUUUCGCCUGCAGCCGCUGCAAGUGGCACCGAGCUAACAGCGGCUUUUGUGCCCAUGAUGCACCGUGGUCGUCGCACCUGUAAGGAAGGAUAAAGCUGUCACUGUACCGUCUCUACAUCAGCACCACCGGCGCCGGAAACACUGCUGCUUAAAAAAAAACAACACAAGUCUGGACUAGAAGAGGAAAAAAGAUCUCUGUGGAGUUGGAUUUUAGCAGUUGGAUACUCUUGGCUGUCUGUUUAACUAAGGGAUGUAACUGCAAAAGGCCAGCGGCUCCCCUGCCAGCUCCACAUCCCAGCAGACAAAAUGAAGGAGGAAAUUCCACUCACAUGACCUCGCACCACAAGUCUCCAUCUUCGUCCGGUCUGAAGAGCAGGGCGACGUCUUAAAGCCCGGUCUCCUCCUUCUGUCAGCUUGCUCGGUAACAUUUAAAAGGACAACAAUCACUGCCCUGCAACACCUGGACAAUUUACCUUACGACUGUUAACUACAACGACUGUUCUCCUGCUAUUGCCCUUUCCCUCUUUUAAAGACAUAUUUUUUUAUAAUAAAUGUUUAUCCAAAUAUAUCUAUAUUGAAGAUUGAACUGUGGAACCCUGAAACUGAGUCCAGUCCCUGAGAUUUGAAUCUAACCGAAUUCUUGUCAGACAUUUUUUUGGAUUAAGAAAUUAUUUACAGCUAUGGAUCUUGUAGGUUUUUCUAUCAGGCUGCAUGUGUUCCUCAGCACAUGCCUGGGACUGGAAUUUUUAGGUACACCAGGUCAGUGGGCACGCUACCUCCGCUGGGAUGCCAGCACCCGCGGUGACCUCAGCUUCCAGUUUAAGACAGAGGCCUCAGACGCACUGUUGCUGUACUUUGACGAUGGAGGUUACUGUGACUUUCUACAGCUCUCAGUGGCGGAGGGACUACUGCGGCUGCGCUUCAGCAUCGACUGUGCUGAGACCACUGUUGUGUCAGACAGACGGGUAGAUGACAGCAGCUGGCACUUUGCCACCCUGAGCAGGUACAACCUGCGCACAGUGCUGGUGCUGGACGGCCAAGCCAAAGCAGGCGAGGUAAAGCCUCAGCGUCAGUUCAUGAAAAUAGUCAGCGACCUGUUCCUAGGUGGAGUGCCUCAGGAUAUCAGCAGCGGUGCACUUACACUGCCUACAGUGCGAAACAUGCAGCCCUUCAGUGGCACAAUCGCAGACCUCAAAUACGGCAUCUCACAGCCCCUGUUCCUAGGAAGCCUUAACGUGCCGCUGGAGUCGGAAGGAUGGUGCACCGUGAACCCGUGUGAGAAUGGUGGGAUGUGCACAGUGGUGGACGGAGAACCGGUUUGUGACUGCUCCAAAACAGAAUACAAGGGCCGCUUCUGCAGCGAAGAAAUCAACAGCAACAACAUGCCAGGCCUUGCACAUAUGAUGGCAGAGCAAGCUAAAAGCAAAGCAAGAGAAGAGAAUGUGGCGACUUUCCGUGGCUCAGAGUACUUCUGCUACGAUCUCUCCCAGAACCCAAUCCAGAGCAGUAGCGAUGAAAUUACACUCUCCUUUAAGACGUGGCAGCGGAACGGCCUUAUUCUUCACACCGGCAAGUCAGCUGACUAUGUCAAUCUGGCGCUAAAGGACGGAGCUGUCUCCCUCGUUAUCAACUUGGGCUCUGGAGCCUUUGAAGCCAUUGUGGAGCCGGUCAAUGGGAAGUUUAAUGACAACUCGUGGCACGAUGUCAAAGUGACCCGCAACCUCCGGCAGGUGACAAUAUCAGUGGAUGGGAUUCUGACAACUACAGGCUACACCCAGGAAGAUUACACCAUGCUGGGCUCCGAUGACUUCUUCUAUGUGGGUGGGAGCCCCAGCACAGCUGACCUGCCUGGUUCUCCAGUUAGCAACAACUUCAUGGGCUGUCUCAAGGAGGUAGUGUAUAAGAAUAAUGACAUCCGUCUUGAGUUGUCCCGUCUGGCUCGAAUUGUGGACCCCAAGAUGAAAAUCCAGGGUGAGGUAUCCUACAAGUGUGAAAAUGUGGCCACCCUUGACCCAAUUUCUUUUGAAACCCCUGAGGCCUAUAUCAGUCUCCCUAAGUGGAACACCAAGCGGAUGGGAUCCAUCUCUUUUGAUUUCCGUACGACUGAGCCCAAUGGACUCAUCCUCUUUACCCAUGGCAAACCCCAAGAGCGCAAAGAUGCUGCACGGAGCCAAAAGAACACCAAGGUGGAUUUCUUUGCUGUGGAGCUGUUGGAUGGCAGCCUGUACCUGCUGCUGGAUAUGGGCUCUGGGACUAUCAAGGUUAAGGCCACCCAGACAAAGGUGAAUGAUGGGGUCUGGUAUCAUGUCGACAUCCAGAGGGAUGGACGCUCAGGCACCAUCUCUGUAAACAGCAGAAGGACUCCGUUCACAGCCAGUGGUGAGAGUGAGAUUCUGGACCUGGAGGGUGACAUGUAUUUGGGGGGGCUUCCAACUGACCGCACCAACCUCAUCCUGCCCACGGAGCUCUGGACAGCAAUGCUCAACUAUGGCUAUGUGGGCUGUAUUCGUGACCUUUUCAUUGAUGGUCGAAGCAAGGACAUCCGUCAGAUUGCUGAGGCACAAAAUGGGGCUGGCAUUAAACCAUCAUGCAAUAAACAACCUGGCAAGCAGUGCGAGAGCUACCCAUGCAAGAACCGAGGAGUCUGCAAAGAAGGCUGGAAUCGAUUCAUCUGUGACUGCACUGGUACUGGCUACUGGUCACGCACCUGUGAGAGAGAGGCUUCAAUCCUCUCCUAUGAUGGCAGCAUGUAUAUGAAGGUUGUGAUGCCGACCAUCAUGCAUACUGAAGCUGAGGAUGUGUCUUUGCGGUUUCGCUCCCAGCGGGCUUAUGGUCUCCUCAUGGCCACUACCUCCCGAGACUCAGCCGACACGCUACGGCUGGAGUUGGACGGGAGUCGCGUCAAACUCACGGUCAAUCUAGACUGUAUCAGGAUAAACUGUAACUCCAGCAAGGGACCGGAGACCCUGUAUGCUGGGCAAAAGCUCAAUGAUAAUGAAUGGCAUACAGUGCGUGUGGUGCGUCGUGGCAAAACCUACAAGCUAACGGUUGACGAUGAUGUAGCAGAAGGCCAAAUGGUGGGUGACCACACUCGUCUGGAGUUCCAUAACAUCGAAACAGGCAUAAUGACAGAGCGCCGAUUUGUUUCUAGCAUCCCAUCCAGCUUUAUUGGUCACCUCCAGAGCCUAAGAUUUAACGGCAUGCUAUACAUUGACUUAUGCAAGAAUGGUGACAUUGAUUACUGUGAGCUCAAUGCCCGCUUUGGGAUUCGCUCCAUUAUCGCUGACCCUGUCACCUUCAAAUCCAAGAGCAGCUAUCUCAGCCUGGCCACGUUACAGGCCUACACGUCCAUGCACCUCUUCUUUCAGUUCAAGACCACUUCACCAGAUGGCUUCAUACUCUUCAACUCUGGAGACGGCAAUGAUUUCAUUGCUGUGGAACUAGUUAAAGGGUACAUACACUAUGUUUUUGACCUUGGAAAUGGGCCCAACCUCAUCAAGGGAAAAAGUGAAAGGGCACUAAAUGACAAUCAGUGGCACAAUGUGGCUAUUACCCGAGACAACAGCAACACCCACACGCUGAAAGUAGAUGCUACAGCCACUAGUCAGAGUAUCAAUGGUGCCAAGAAUCUGGACCUUAAAGGUGAUCUGUUCAUUGCUGGACUGGGUCCAGGCAUGUAUGGCAACCUGCCUAAACUGGUGGCUUCCAGAGACGGCUUCCAGGGCUGUUUGGCGUCAGUGGACCUCAAUGGUCGUCUUCCGGAUCUCCUCAACGAUGCAUUGUUUCGCAGCGGGCAGAUUGAACGUGGAUGUGAAGGACCCAGCACUACCUGCCAAGAGGAUUCCUGUGCCAACAUGGGCAUUUGCAUUCAACAGUGGGAGAACUACACCUGCGACUGCUCCAUGACUUCAUACACCGGCACACAAUGCAAUGACCCGGGGACAACAUACAUCUUUGGCAAAGGUGGGGGCCUCAUUACAUUCAAUUGGCCAGCCAAUGAGAGACCAAGCACCAGGACGGACAGGUUGACUGUCGGCUUCAGCACCUCCCUGAAAGAUGGCAUCUUAGUCAGAAUUGACAGUGCACCUGGUCUAGGGGACUAUCUCAUGCUGCAUAUACAACAAGGCAAAAUUGGAGUGACCUUCAACAUCGGCACAGUGGAUAUCAGCGUGCAGGAAAGCAGCACCCCAGUGAAUGAUGGGAAGUAUCACGUUGUCCGUUUCACCAGAAAUGGUGGCAACGCUACACUGCAGGUGGAUAACUGGUCUAUCAAUGAACAUUUCCCACCAGGGAACAGCGACAUUGAACGCUAUCAGAUGGCCAAUAAGAAAAUUCCUUUUAAAUUUGCCAGACCAGUAGAAGAAUGGCUACAAGAGAAAGGGCGGCAGUUAACAAUUUUCAACACACAAGCAACAGUGGCAAUUGGUGGUAGUGAUCGUGGCCGGCCCUUUCAAGGUCAGCUCUCGGGCCUUUAUUACAAUGGCCUAAAGGUGUUGAACAUGGCAGCUGAAGGCAACCCAAACAUCAAGAUUAAUGGCAGUGUAAGGCUGGUAGGCGAUGUACCUAGUGUGGCAGGUUCAGCCAGGACCACAGCCAUGUCUCCAGAGAUGACAACGUCCUUCAUUGAGACUACUACCAUGAUGUCCACUACGACCACACGGAAACACAGAUCUUCCUCAACUGUACAGCACCAAGAGGACAUUGGGUCAUCUGCCGAGUGUUCGAGUGAUGAUGAAGAUGAGGAGGAGUGUGAAACUAGCCGUACAGGUGGGCUAGCACUUCCCACAGAGCCAGGCGUCAGGCGAGUUCCAGGGCCCUCGGAAGUGGUCCGCGAAUCUAGCAGCACCACCGGGAUGGUCAUCGGAAUAGUGGCGGCCGCUGCCCUGUGCAUCCUCAUCCUUCUAUAUGCCAUGUAUAAGUACAGGAACAGGGAUGAAGGCUCCUACCAGGUGGACGAGAGCAGGAACUACAUAACCAACUCGGCUGUGCAGAGCAAUGGCGCUGUCAUGAAGGACAAACAGCAAAGCUUGAAAGGCAGCAACAAGAGACAGAAAAACAAGGAUAAGGAGUAUUAUGUGUGACUGUGAGACUUUCGUGUACACGAGAGAGCGAAGAAAGAGAGCACUAAGAGAACUUUUACUUAUCAGUUUCCUCGUGAGAAGCUAUGACAAAUGAUGGUAUAAUAUGGAACUUGAAAAUUCUUAUACUGUGCUGAGUAGUUGAACUGAUGAUAUGUACUGUAACAUAAAGCACACUUACUAUUAAGCAAAAGCUUAAUGACAAGGUUAAAUAGCAACUUUAGAGACCUUACUCUUCUAUCUGGUCAGAGACAUUAUCGGUAGAGAAAUACUUCACAGCAUCAUUCUCCUAAGUGACUUUUAGAGCUACGUGAUCCUUGGCAUUAAACAAUUUUUUGUGAAAUUGUUAAUUACAAAAGGCUCAUAAAAUUACACCUUUUCAGCAUGUAAACAACAUAGUGCUUAACAAGAGGGGGUCAGGCACACAAUGGUUGUAAAAAUAAAGGACUCUUGUAUCAAAAUAU